CGGGACCCUAAUUCCAGAUUCCAGAUUCCAAAUCAUGCCCAAUAAUAGGGACGGUUUCAGUUUCGUGCAACGGAGCCAUGCCUAUGAACCCUGAAUGAGUUCAGACAUCUCCGCGUCUUUUCCGCAUCGGCACCAUCCGAGCAUGCCGUAUCGAUCGCUGCCGUACGAUUACGAGCGGGAUGAGCACUAGACUAAUUGCGACGGCGCCCUAUGAUAACGGUGAAGAUGGCUUUUGAACGUCAAUCGGCAUUAUUGCCGUUUGCUUAUGAAGGACGGCAUGUGAAGUAUCAUUCAACGACAGUAGGUAUAUAUAGGCUGCUCUUUCCGAGCAUUGGACCAUUAUCAUCAUCAUCAUCAUCAUCAUCAUCAUCAACAUAUUCAGUAUUCCUCACAGCUAUACCUACUAUCUUUGAAGUCCACCUUCCGUCCAAUCAAGUAAUUGAUAUCCUGAAUCAUUUGUAUCAAUCCAACAUGUCUCUUCCUCCGCCUUUCACGAAAGAAACCGCUCAUCUCAAGGUUAAGAAAGCUCAAGAUUUGUGGAAUACCCAAGAUCCUGCCAGAAUUGCACAGGCAUACACGCCUGACUCUGUUUGGCGUAACCGUGGAUCCUUUCUCUCGGGAACUGCUGCGAUUGAGGAAUUCUUGACCGCGAAAUGGGCAAAGGAAACCAGCUACACGCUUCGUAAGGAGCUCUUCGCCUUUACCGACAACAAGAUCGCAGUGCAGUUCUGGUACGAAUUCCAGGACAAAAAUGACGGUAUGAAAUGGAAGCGUUGUUAUGGGCUCGAGGAUUGGACCUUUGCAGAGGACGGCAAGAUGAAAAAGCGACAUAUGAGCGGCAACGAUAUUACUAUCAACGAGGCCGAUCGAUGGUUCAAAGAUGGUGUUGAUGUCAACGAGGUACCCCUCAGUGCGUCGCACUGGUAGGGUCAUUGCGGAGAAAAGUACGUUUUCGAAACGGGGUAUCAUUUGACGCGCUUGUAUAUAUGAACUUGAAGAGGAAGGCUGGGGCUCAGGCCGGAGGAGUGUCGUGUAUCACGACGAGAAUGUAUUUAGAAUCUAAGCAUGGGAUUAGCCUGUGCUUGUCGCUCACUCUGUCUCAUUACAUACCUGGUACAAUGACAAGCUCAUUUUUCUUCGUCCG